AUGUCUUCUGAACCGCUGUAUCCCGCUUAUCUGCCCACCCGCUCAGACGGCUACAAUGCGCCGGUACCUGUGCCCCUCUUUGAAGCGGAAGAGCCAGGGCUUCGGGCUGAUCCCGCCAAAGCGAAUCUGCUAAAGGGCGCUACGACUGUUGAUAUUACCCCACGUAUCGGCACGGAAGUCCGGGGUGUGCAGAUUAGUGCGUUGGGGAGGGAGGGGCUUGAUGAGUUGGCUUUGCUAGCUGCUGAACGAGGUGUUGUGGUUUUUAGGGACCAGGAUUUUGCGGAUGUAGGGUUUGACAGACAAAGGGAGAUUGUCAAGCAUUAUGGGCCGCUUCAUCAGCAUCCUACGAUGGGAUAUCCGAAGGGAACUGGGCCAGAAUUUCACAUUGUCUAUGCCGAUGAGAAGACCGGCAACUUGAGAAAGCUUUUGGGACCUCGAACAACAUAUGACCUAUGGCAUAUUGACCAGACAUUUACCCCCAACGUCCCCUCAACCACUUUCUUCUGGGUUCUUGAGAUCCCCGAAUCUGGAGGCGGCGACACAGCCUUUACCUCCCUUACAGCAGCCUACGAAGCUCUCUCGCCUGCCUUUAGAGAAACCCUUCACGGCCUGAAUCUUCAUCACACAUCAGCUUCCGAAGGUGAAGUGCGACGAGUUGGCCAAGAACGUGCUCUUGCAGAAGCAAUCAACGCGACACAUCCUCUUGUCAUCAAACAUCCCGUCACUGGCAAACCAUCGCUGUUUGUCAAUCCCACGAUCGCUCGGCAGGUUGAGGGCUUUCUGCCAGAGGAGUCAGAUCACUUGCUCUCGUUUUUGAAGAAUCACAUUCGAAGCAUGGACUUCAGUUGCAGGGUCAGGUGGGAGAAAGGUACGGUUGUGGUUUGGGAUCAACGAGGAACGGCACAUUCCGCUGUGCCUGAUUUCCGAGAUAACGAGAGGAGGCAUAUGGUUCGGAUUAUUCCCUACGGCUCCAAACCGGAGUCUGCUUUCGAGUGA